AAAGGGAUGGGCUGAGAUGGGACUGAAAUGGAGAUGGGAUGGGGAUGGAAUGGGGAUGAGGAUGAGUUUGAGAUGGGAUGGGAAUGGGAUGGGAUGGGGCCUCGUGCCAUGGGUCACAACAGGGACAGGUGCUUUGUGUCACCGCCGGCGGUGCCGCACAGCAUGGAUGUCUCCUGCCCGGAUGUCCCCUGGAAGUCCCCUCUCUGGGCUCCAUGGUUUUGAUGGCUGUGGGUCUGGGGAGGGAUGCUGGAGCUCUGCCAGCCCUGCGUGACGUGGGCGGUGCAUUUCCCGUCCCGGCCGAUGGCCUUGAACAGAUCUGCACCGAGGGCUGUGGGGAUGGUGCACCCAUCUGUGUUCGUUGUGUCAUCGGGUGGGGGACACCACAGGGUGCAUCUCAAAGCAAAGAGGAGAGCUGGGAUAUGAGGGACCCAAAGCGGGGACCCACAGCUCUGCGCUCUGUGCAGCACAUCCCCAGAAAAACACCAUCCCAAUGCCAAAAACCCCAUUAAUGCUCAUUCCAGCCCACACCAGAACUGCCAGCGCAUUUCAGGGCUGCAAUUUAGGAGCAGAAUCUGCACCCCCCCAGGGGUUCCCACCAGCUCCUGUGCCCCCCAGUGGGGCUGAGGCACAACCUCAGGGUCUGUUCCCCACAGGAUCUGCCCCCACACCGUAGAUUGAGGACCCUCUGCCCCCACGCAUGAAUUCCUGCCUAGCCUGGUGGGAUCAGCAGCAGCACCAGGAACACGGCAUGGAGCCCGGUUUGGAGGGCGCCUGAGGCCGCCAGGAUGGGGUGGGAGGACACGGAGCCCCCCAACGUGAGCCUGGACAGCCAACCCCACACCUGCUUCGGGGCGGUGAACCUCAGCCUCAACGUGACGCAGCCCAAAGCCAUCACCUCGCCGUGGUUCUCCACCGCCUUCGGCCUCAUCGGGCUCUGCUCCAACCUCUUUGCUCUCUAUGUGCUGCUCAGCUCCUCCCGUCAGCUCAGCAGCCGCUCGCGCUCCUCCUUCCUCGUCUUCCUCUGCGGGUUGGUGGUGACAGACUUCAUGGGGCUGCUGGUGACCGCCGCCGUCAUCAUCCCGUACCACUUCACCAAGUUCAACUGGGCGCAGGUGGACCCCGGCUGCCACCUCUGCAACUUCCUGGGCUUCUCCAUGGUGUUCUUCGGGCAGUGCCCGCUGCUCCUGGGCGCCACCAUGGCUGGCGAGAGGUUUGUGGGCAUCAACCGGCCCUUCUCACGCUCCACCUCCGUCUCCAAGCGCCGUGCGUGGGCCAUCGUGGCCACGGUGUGGGGCUUCUCCUGCGCUCUGGGGCUGCUGCCGGUGCUGGGCUUGGGGCGGUACACGCUGCAGUACCCUGGCUCCUGGUGCUUCCUCACCCUCCUGCCCGACGCCGGCAACGUCAUCUUCUGCCUUCUCUUCGCCCUGCUGGGCGUCUGCUCCGUGCUGCUCUCCUUCGUCUUCAACACGGUCAGCGUGGUCACCUUGUGCCGCGUUUACCACGACCGUGAGUCGGUGCAGCGGCGGCGUGACAGCGAAGUGGAGAUGAUGGUGCAGCUGGUGGGCAUCAUGGUCAUCGCCACCAUCUGCUGGAUGCCGCUGCUGAUCUUCAUCAUCCAGAUCACUCUCCAGCAGCUACGGACGGGUGAACCCCUCCACAUGCUGCCAGGACAGACACAGCAGCUGCUGCUCAUCUACAUCCGUAUGGUCACCUGGAAUCAGAUCCUGGACCCCUGGGUGUACAUCCUGUUCCGCCGCGCGGUGCUGCAGCGCCUGCACCCGGGGCUGCGCACGCGGCCCUCCCUGCUCUCCCUCUACCCCGUCCUCAACCCCUCCCUGCGCCGCAAACUCACCCAGGAGGGGCGGCUGCAGUAGUGGGGACCCCCUCCUCCGUUAAUUAUGGAGGUUUUGUUCUGUUUUGUUUUUUUUUUAUUAUUAUUAUUAUUGUUGUUAUUUUU